GAAACUUAAAAAGAGAGUUUGAGAGCUAAGAAGACAUGCCUUUUGUUCCUUAUCUUUCGGGCACAUACUGUUUCUAGCCUCUAAAUGGAGACUUUUUCUCCAAACAAACAAACCAAAGAAAACAAAAAUUCUUUCUCAUCCCAAAAUUCAUGCAAACAAAUUUCCUCUGGUCAAAAGAAAAAACCAAAACCAUCACCAUUGUUUGUUCAUCAAGCAUCAUCAUAUCAGUCAUCAUAGAACACAACAUCUUUAAAGGGUUAUCUAUAGUUUCAUUCAUUUCUCAUGAAAAAAUCUAUAUUGAGAGUUACAUCUACAUCUUUUUCAUCCAUCUUAUAAAGGAUGAAUAAUGAUAAAGAGGAAUUUUUUAUUUACAACAAUGACAUUAGCAUAUUAAUCUUUAUAUUGAUGCAAAAGGGGUUUGAAAUUUGAUUUUUUUUUUUAUGAUUUGAUCUUUUAGAGAGAAAAAAAAUUAAUGGCUUUUCGCGCCUUUAGAUCACAAUCAGUAUCAACACAAGGAUCACAUAAUUUGGCGGAGAAAACAACAGAAGAGCCUGUUCCAAGCAAAGUUGCACAAAGCACGGUCACGUGUUUUUAUCAAACCAAUGUAGCUGGAUUUUGGAGAAAUGUUUCAAUUUUAUGGUGCAAAAAUUUAAUGAACCAUUCGUUACAUAUCACGAUUGAUAGCGUAGGAGGAGAGUCACAAUUCAGCUGCAAGAUUGAUGUGAAGCCAUGGAACUUUUGGAGCAGAAAAGGGUAUAAAUCAUUUGAGGUCGAAGGGAGCCAAGUGGAAGUUUAUUGGGAUCUUCGGUGCCCGAAGUUUACUGGUAGCCCCGAACCUGUUAGCGAUUACUAUGUAGCUUUAGUUUCUGACGAUGAGGUUGUUUUGUUGUUAGGAGAUUACAAGAAAAAGGCAUACAAAAGAACAAAAUCUAGACCUGCGCUUGUUGACGCGAGGUUACUUGUGAAGAAAGAAAACAUUUUCGCGAAGAAAAUUUUUACAACGAAGGCGAAGUUGGAUGAGAUGAGAAAAGAGAAUGAGAUUGUUAUUGAUAGUUUAACUGGUAGUAAUACUAAUGAUCCUGAAAUGUGGAUUACCAUUGAUGGGCUUGUUUUGCUUCAUGUUAAGAAUUUGCAAUGGAAAUUUAGAGGGAACCAAACUGUUAUGGUUGAUAAACAACCAGUGCAAGUUUUUUGGGAUGUUCAUGAUUGGUUGUUUAGCAGUUCGAGUUCGAGUUCGGGACCGGGACUUUUCAUUUUUAAGCCAGGGCCUGCUGAAGCUGAAAGUGAAAAAGAAGAUGGUGCUGUUGAAGGUAGUGAAAGUGAUGAUGGUAGUGUUGCUAAUUCUUCAAGUCUUAAUAGUUCUACUUUUGAGUUUUGUCUUGUUAUUUAUGCUUAUAAGAUUGAGUAAUAAAGAGUUAAGAGAAAAAAAUGUCUGUCUUAUGUAGCAUGAUAUUUUUAGUUAGUUUUUUUUUUUUUUUGUAGUAUGUUGGAAUGUGUAAUGUUGUUACAACUAUUGUGAAGCCAAUUGCGCGCUUUCGCUAAUUUAAUUCGAAGACCUUGCUACAU